AUUUAAAUUAAAAAAAAAAAUUAAAUUUAAAGUAUAUUUUUAAAAUUUACAUAUAUUUAAUUAAUGUGUCGAUUAUAAUUACAGUAUAAGUCUAAUAUUGAAAAUAACAUUAAGUUUUAAUUAAUAAUUACAAUAAGGAUGUGCAAUCGACUGUGGAAGGUUUCUUGAAUUGUUUGCGACAAGUUAAAGGAAAAUAAAAAACAAAUUAAAAAAAAAAAUUUUCAUAUCAAAAACAAAAAACAAAAAAAAAGAAAAACAUCAAUUAGAAAUUAUUAUUUCGUAUAUAAUGGUUGUGGGAUCACAAUCAAAUCAUCACUCCCGCCGUGGCGAAAGCAAUCAUCAACAAAGAAGAUCAGCUGCAUCUGCUGCGAUAACAGCCUUAGAGGCAACAUUAAAAUCAAAUCCAAAUCAUCAUCAAUCACAACAAAGUAAUCAUUCACAAAAUUUAAAUUCGAUGUCCUCAAGUUGUAGUAUAAAUGUCGGAUCAACGAAUAAUAAUUUCCAAAAUGUUACAUCAAGUAGCAGUAACAUUAAUAGAAUUGUACAUCAAUCUACAUCUGGUAUGACACCAAAGGAGUUAUCAGAAAAUGAUGACUUAGCUACUUCUUUAGUGUUAGAUCCUCAUCUGGGAUUUCAAACUCAUAAAAUGAAUGUAAGAUACCGUCCUAUAAAGGCCGAUAAAACAGCAUUAAAAUCUAUAGUUAGUGAGUUUAUAAAAACCCAAGAUUAUGAUCAAGCUGUUAAAAAAAUAUUCAAAGGUGAAUGGAUGCCAAGAUCAAUUAAUAAUAAAAAUAAAAUGGCUAUUAAACGACUUCAUGAUCAUAUAAUUCGCUAUUUAAGGGUUUUCGAUAAAGAAUCUGGUUUUGUUAUUGAGCCAUGUUUUCGUUACUCUUUAGAGGGCCAAAAAGGAGCAAAAAUUAGUUCCACAAAACGCUGGUAUAAAAAUGAUAAAAUAGAGUGUUUGGUUGGUUGCAUAGCUGAAUUAACUGAGGCUGAAGAAUCAUUAUUAUUACAUCCGGGAAAAAAUGAUUUUUCAGUAAUGUACAGUUGUCGAAAGAAUUGUGCACAAUUAUGGCUUGGUCCCGCUGCAUAUAUAAAUCACGACUGUCGAGCAAAUUGUAAAUUUGUACCAACUGGCCGCGAUACAGCUUGCGUCAAAGUGUUGCGUGAUAUUGAAAUAGGUGAAGAGAUAACAUGUUUUUAUGGUGAAGAUUUUUUCGGCGAUGGUAAUUGCUAUUGCGAGUGUGAAACAUGUGAGCGACGGGGUACUGGAGCAUUUAUGAAAAAUAUAGCUGAUGACGAUCAAAAUGUGGCCGAUACGAAUUCCAGGUAUCAUCAAAAAACUAAUGAAUCCGGUGGCUAUAAAUUGAGAGAAACUGAUAAUAGAAUAAAUCGAAUAAAAAGUCGUGCGAAUUCAUCUUCAACGAACCCUGAAACUAUUGUAGAUAGCAGUAGCAAUAAUUUUAAUACCAAUACAAAUAGUAAUUCAAAUAUUAGUAGUAGUGGUUGUGGUAAUAAUAGGAAGAUUAAUGUCGACGAUUCUGUCGUAAGUGAUAAAACUGUAGGUAGGGCAUUAACAUUGAAAGAAUUGCGACAGAAAGGAGUUACUAAAUAUGAUGCUGAAUUGAUUAUGGCCAGUAGUAAUAACGUGACCAGUACAAAAAUAACUAAUUGUGCAAGCAGUAGAAAUAUGCAUUUAAAUGCGAUACAAGGAUUAACAACAAAUUCACAAGGAGGGGCUACAAAAGAAAUAUCCUUAAGAAAAUCGGCUCGAGUUAGUUCAAUAUGUUCCGCAAAUAAUUUAAUAUCUAAUGAAAGCAUCGAAAACAAUUCAAAUAUCACAAUAUUAAAACGUAGUCAAACAAAAGAAGAUAGUGAAAUAAAUAUUUCUUGCGAUUUUAAUGUGACUACUUCAACACUAAACAAAAGAACAACAAGAAAUCAAAUUAAGAAUAAUGCUGCUGUAAUUUCUUCUAUUCCAACAUCAAAAGAAAUGCAAAAUGAUUCCGUUUCCACAUCGACGCCGAAUUUGAGUGUUGGAAAAAAGGACAUUAUUAAAGCUUCAACAGUUGCAAGUGUUGAAAACAAACUGGAAAACAAAAUUUGUUUGAGGAGUGGUGAUAGCAAAUCAAGAUCUACUAGAAAUAAUAUACCUGGCAGAGAUUCAAAAAUUAGUGUGUUCAGUAAUAAUAUAAAAAGAAAACAAAAGUUAGAUAAAAAUAAUUUUAUAAAAUCUGGAAUAAGUAUUAGUUCUGCCAUUGAAACUGAUAAAUCAUUGAUAAAUAUUAGAGAAGAUUUAACAAAAAAUUCCACAUUAAAAGCAGCAUCAAUGCAAAAUUUUCAGUCACCUCAAAAACAACUUAUUUCUACAAAGCGUAGGUUGCGUCGUCGACUGAACAGUAGUUUAAACAGAUCAAAACGUCGUGUUUUAAAAAACCGUCAAAAUGCUCUAAAACGUUCUGUAUCGGUUGUUGCUACUGAAGAUGAAGAUCCUGAUGAUGAAAAAUCAUUAAAAGAGAUUUUUGGAGAUUUUCGAAAUGAAAAACAAAAGAGACUAAAAACAAAUUUUUCAAAUUUAUCGUCAAAAUUGGGACAUACAAUACAGCAACCUACGCAAGCUAUAUCGCAUUUUGAAAAUAAAAAUAUAUUUGAACCUCCAAAACCAAUAUUUUCUACAUCUCUUAUAUCAUCGGCGGCCAAAUCUUCAUCCCCAGCGACAGCAACAACAAUUAGCAUAAUUAAAAGUAAUAGUACAAUAAAUUCAUCAAAAAAUCCUUUUUAUUUUCAAAACACGAUUCAUCAUCACAGUCACCACGGUCAUCAUGGUGCAUCAGCUUUUUCAACUCAUACCAACGCGCAUAACAUAGGUCACCAUGCUCAUCAUGCGCAUCACGGCGUCAAUAAUCAUAAUCAUCACAAUCAUCAUUCUCAUCACAAUGUCAAUAAUAUAAGUAGCGGAAAUUUUCACCAACUAGCCCCUCCAUCAUUGAAAUCAUCACCUCUUUCGAAAAUAACAGCAAUAGGCAAUGUUACAUUCGGAAAUCCAAUUCAGGUGCAUGAGGCAAACGUAAAUAUAACAAUGCCCGUAACCUCUGCACUGUCAUCUGCUAUAACAACCGUAUGCAAUAACAGCAAAGAUAUAAAAGAAAAAACUGUUGAUGCUUUACAUACAUGUAAUACGAAUUGCACAGAUGGCAAUAAUUGUAGUAAUAAUAGUAACAAUUCUAUAAAUACAUUAAACUGCAAUAUAAAUAACACAGCUAGUAAAAUAUUUGUUAAUAAUUUUACGAAUAAAAUAUUAAAUCCAAAUAAUAUAGAAAAAUCCUGUAAUAUAACAAAUAUGUCAACAAUAGCAAGCAACACAUUUGGAGGAGGGGGCAAUGGUUAUCGUAAAAAUAUAAUAACUUCUUUUGAAAAUACACCUGUGACAAAAGAUUCAUCUGACACAACUGUCACAACUGCGGUCGUUACUUCCGUUUUAUCUACCACAACCAAUAUUUCGAAUUCUUUCUCAACCGCAGCAUCUCAUUUAAAUAAUAAUAAUCCUAUUUCAAAGACUUUCCCGAUUGCAACUAAUAAUUCUGCGAUUUCAUUAUCACCGAAGAAAAUAUCAAAUAUGACAACGACAACAAUCAUUAAUAACAUAAGAAAAAAUAAUUCAAUUUCUAAUGACAAAUAUAACAUUGAUGAUUCAAAAGUUAAAAUAAAUAAUUGUAUAAUUAGUAAACAGGCAACUAAAAAUCCAUUAAAUCUUUUCAAUAAUGAAAAUUUCAAUUUUUGUGAUAAAACAAGAAAUAAUUUUCUUAGUAGUGAUCAGCAACAACAGGCUAAUAAAACACAAACAACUAUAUUGAUAAAAAAAACAAAUAUUUCAGAUAAGAAAACUAAUUUUCCAAAUGAUAGCUUAAAAACAAUAAAUGCAACAUCCAUAAUUACUCCAACAAAAAAUACUAUUUGUUUUAAGAUGUCACCUUCAAAUAAUAGCAAAAUAUUGCAGCAAAAUGACACAAAAAAACAUUGUUUUAAUAACCUAAAUUAUAAUUCAGCAGAUUCAAACGUUAUAAAUAAUAAUUUAGAUUCAAGUGAGAGAAGAAAUUCUAGUACGCAUAAUAUAAAAAAUGAUUACACCACCAAUUCUAAUGUUAGCAAAAUUAAAUCUUGCAAGAGAAAGUUAUCGAAAAGUUACAGCGAGUCAGGGAAUAGUUCAUCAUCUUCUAGAGAAAAUAAAACGCCAACAAUAAACAUUGAAAAAAUGAGUAAACCGUCUUCUCUCGUAGUAAAUUCUGUAACAAAUUCAUUAAAUUCUAAUAAUAAUAAUAAUAAUUCCAAUAGUGGUAGUAAUAACAAUAGCGCUAGUGAUAAAAAUAAAAUUAGUUGUAAUACUGAGAGCAAAAAUAAUAUUAGCAGUUGUGAUAAUACAAAAAGUUCAAUAGUUAUUAAUGGCUAUCUAUCACCAAGGCAAAGUAAUAUUUGUAAUAAAACAGAAAAUGAAGGAUCAAAAUUAGUAUCUGAUGUAAAAUCAACUGAAGGGUCAAAUCAAACAGAACAACAACCCAUUUUAAAGACCCCUGAAAGAAGAUUAAAAUUAACUUUGCGUAUGAAACGUAGUCCUAAUAUGAAUAAUAAUAAUAUUGAUUCCGGCGCAAAUAAUUUUAAUCAUGGGGAAAAGCACAUAAGAAAUCAUCUAUUUCAGGAAUCUGGUAUAAAAUCACUUACUACGAUGCAUCAUUCUUCAAGUUCCAAAAAUCAUUUUAAUAACUUCUCUAAUAACUAUUAUUAUAGAAAAUCAUCACCAAAAAUUGAAUAUGAAAUUUUGCGCGUGGAAGGUUUAUCUGAAAAUGGUACCGAUAUAGAUGGUGAUUUGUCAGCAACCUCAACAUCACAGCAAGAUGAUUACACUUGUCUAACAAAAGAAGACUCAAGAGAAACAAAUCACAUUCAAAAGCGUAAAAAGAGACAUAAAUCAAAAGAUCAUCGUAGGAAACGAAACAAAAAGAAAUCAUCAUCCACAUCGGCAUCAUCAAUUUCUUCGUACUAUAAUAGUAAUAGUAAUUUAGACAGUAGCUGUCCGCCAACACCACCACCACUGCAAGCUCCGAAAAAGAAUGGUGAAAUACCUUCAUUGCAAUUAACACCACAGAAAAAGCGUUUACGAUUAAUUUUAGGCAAUGAGACCCAUACAAUUGACAUUCCUCCUAUGCUUAACUUAAAUUCUUCAAUAUCAACUUCAUCACCAUCUACAGCUAUCAAUUCAUCUUCAAUAAAUUCUCCUAACAUUGAACAAUCCGCCUCAGAUUCCGAAGGUGAUAAUAAUAGCGUAAAUAAUUUUAUUGUUGAUUCAACAACAACUUCUUCAUCAAUUAUUAAAUCAACAUCUUCACCUACAUCAUCUAAUUCUUUGCUUAGUUCUUCUAAUGUUAGUUCAACUUCUAAUUAUGUUGGGCUUAAUAAUGAAUUUGAAACAAUUUCGAAUUAUUUUAAAAAUAAAAAAGGUAAUAAAAAUAUUGAUAGUAUGGUAAGCGUUAUUAAAAAUACAAAUACACAUCGAAAUAAUUCGGUAAUUCAAUCACCAAAUAAAUUUCAACAACCUGUUACUUCUACUGUUAUUACAUCUGUAAAUUCGAAAUAUAUUAUUUCGAAUAAUAAUGAUCAAAAGAAUCCAUCAUCGCAAGCACUUACUAAACACGUUUUGACUAUUUCUCCAAAUAAAAAUAGUAUGUGUGCUGUUAAUGGAAUUUCAAUAAAACGUAUUAAUUCCAAUAUUCCUUGUGGAACUAAUGAUUUUAUUGAAAAUGGUAAUGAUUAUAGUAAUAACAAUAGUACUUAUAAAAAUGCUGGUAUUAAUUUAAAUGUUGUCAAUAGUACAGUAUCAUGUAAUAAUAAAAAUAAUAAUAAUAAUAAUAAUAGUACUAAUAAUACUAAUAAUAAUAUAAUUAAUGGUAAUUUUAAUAACGACAGUAGCAAUAAUAUAAAUUCAAAUUAUAGAAAUAGUAAUAAUGAAACUAAUUGUUGUAGGAUCAUAAACGGUGACAUAAAUAAUACCAGUAAUAAAAAUAAUGGUGACAAUUGUCAUGAACGUAAGCAAGAUAAUUGUAAUAAUAGUAAUAAUAAUAAUAACAAUAAUAGCAAUAUUAAAUCUAAUCAUUUAGUAAAUGAAAAUGAAAAUACUUCUAUAAUUUCAGCAAAAUCUUUGAAAACUUUUAAUAAUGAAAAUUUAUCUGAUACAAAUACUAUUCAAGAUAAUAAUAAUCAUAGAUUAUUUUAUUCUGAAAAUAAUCAUCAUUAUUCUCGUCAUCGUCAUAAUCACCAUCAUAAUAUACAACAGCAAAAUAAUCAUUAUAAUAUAUGUUAUCAACAAGAAAUCAAUAAGAAAGAUGAUUUAAAUAUAAUUAAUAGUUAUGAUAAAACCGAAUUGAUGCCUUCAUGUAAUGAUAAUCUAUUGCUAUUGGCAUCAGCAGCUGCAAAUGCUGCUGCUGAUAAUAAUUACUCAAAAGAAUGUUUAAAAUAA